AUGACCAUGACCAAAUCCCUCCUCCUAACCGCCGCCCUCGCCGCGCUCUCCCGCGCCCAGCUCGACAAGCCCGCCCUAACCUCCGACCUAGACUACCUACUAGAAGGCAACGUCGCCAACCUCCCCUCAAACUCCGGCCCCUACUGGGGCAAAUGGGAAGACGGCCUCAUGCCGGCCGACUGCAAGUCCAUCGCGGAAGACCAAGGCCUGAACCCCACCGACUUCGAAGUCUGGGACAUCUUCUUCUCGGACUGUCAAGACGGAUGGUCCUUCUGCCGGCACAAGGAGUCGGCCGACAGUUUCGAGACGCUGGUCGACACGUUCGGGCGGAUCCCCGUGCGCAUGCGCAGCUGGGUGCGCCACGUCCUCACAAUCCCCGGCGACAACUGGGCUUUCAACAGCAAUGGCAAUAUCUGCUUCAGUGGGACGACGAGCCAGAACCUUGACGUUGCGCUGCAUGAGACCGGGCACAGUCUUGACCUCCUGGGUGCAUACGGAGACGGCGCGCUCUCGAGUACCCAGGAGUGGCUGGAUGCGUAUAAUGCGGACAGCAAUGUGCCCGAUAACUACGCGCAGAGUAACCAGGUGGAGAACGUCGCGCAGAACACGGUCGUUGCGGUGUAUGAUACGGUUGUGCCCGGUGGGUUCCCCGGUGUGCAGGCGGACUAUGCGAAGAUCCAGAACCAGUAUACCCUUGUUGAGAGCAAGGCUGGGGACCAGAUUGUUCCGGGGGGUACUUGCGACCGCCAUCUUGAGAACUCUGACACCGUCUCUAUGACUGAUGCUUCGAGCUCUGCGAAGCGGGGUAUCAAGAUCAGGGGACGGACUGUUGCGACUCGUGCUGUGACGCAUGAUUCGAGCUUCAAGGGGACUUACGGCAACAUUGUCAAGGACUUUGAGCCCUUUAACUCUAAGGACUUUCACCAUUAA